CCGCGGCGCUGCGGGACCGGGGAAGCCACGCCUCUUCCCCCGCCCACUCGAUGUUUCUCGCUUUCCAUUGGUCGCUGUAAAUGCCAGUCAUUGCUGCCCCGCCCUUCUGGCUGCACCGCCCCUUCCCAGUGCCCCGCCCCCGCGCGCACUGAUUGGUCAGCUGUGAUGUCACUGCGGCCGCUUCUCUGCGUUCAUUGGCCAGAGCUGCUGUCCGUCACGCAGCUGAGGCGGUGGAGGCGGUGGCGGCCAUUUUGGAGCAGGGCGCGGGGCCGGACGCAGCGGAGGGAGCGCGGAGCUCCCCCCUCGCCGCCAUGGCAGCCCCGCUCGGCACCGGCGCCCUCACGGAGGAGACCGGGCAGGAGAAACAGGACUCCCAGGAGAAGGACAAAGCCGUUUCCCCCGAGAGGGCAGAGGAGGCCAAGCUCAAGGCCAAAUACCCCAACCUGGCCCAGAGGCCUGGGGGCUCAGAUUUCCUCAUGAAGAGGCUGCAGAAAGGGCAAAAGUACUUUGAUUCUGGCGACUACAACAUGGCCAAGGCCAAGAUGAAGAACAAGCAGCUGCCGAGUGCGGGGCCUGACAAGAACCUGGUGACAGGAGACCACAUCCCCACGCCCCAGGACCUGCCCCAGAGGAAAUCCUCACUGGUCACCAGCAAGCUGGCAGGGUAGCUGCACCCCCAGCUGGGGGCUGCCCUCUUCUUGUCUCUUUUUUUUGGCUAAAUGGAUUGAGUUCACUGUACCAUAGGGGUGGGAGCACCAGAAUCCACGGAGUUGUUUGAGUCUUGCCAGCAAACACAGCCCAGGGCUGAUGGGGGGCACGGCUGGCUUGGCCCUUCCUCUCAGAGAGGCUUUGCCUUAAUUUUGCUGCUGUUUGGAGCCAUCCUGGCUCACAGGGGGAGCUCUGCCCCUUCCUGGCUGGGAGAGCCCCAGAGGGGCACAGGGGGCUUGGGGGAGGCACCUGGAGGAGAGCAGAGGGCAGGGCUGGGGUGUGGGAAGGGAUUUCAGGGCUUGGGGUCACAGAGGCUGAGGCAGCUGGGCAGGAGAGUGAGCCCAGAUCUGGAAAUUGUGAUCUCAGACCUGGAAAUUGUGAUCCCAAAUCUCACAGGUGUGAUCCCAGAUCUGGAAAUUGUGAUCUCAAACCUGGAAAUUGUGAUCCCAAAUCUGGCAGGUGUGAUCCCAGAUCUGGAAAUUGUGAUCCCAAAUCUCACAGGUGUGAUCCCAGGUCUGCAAAGAGUCAUCCCAGAUCUGGAAAGUGGGAUCCCAGAUCUGGCAGGUGUGAUCCCAGGUAUGGAAAGAGUGAUCCCAGAUUUGGAAAGUGUGGUUCCUGAUCUCACAGAUGUGAUCCCAGACCUGGAAAGUGAUCCCAGAUUUGGAAAUUGUGAUCCCAGCUCUCACAGGUGUGACCCCAGCUCUGCAGGCAAGGUCAGGUGUGUGCUUUAGAGCUUCAAAGUGAAGAAAUUGGCCAAGAUGAUAAAAAUUCCAGGGGCUGAGCUGUUUCUGGGCAGAGCUGGCUGAGAUGUGUCCCUGGCUCAGCUCCCAGGGGACAGCAUGUCCAGAGGGGUGGGACAGGGCUGGGCAGUGUCUGAAACACCUUUGGGUGCUUUGUGGGUAGAGCCCCACCUCAGCUGGAGGAGCUGGGCUGAGCUUGGCCAGAGGGACAGAACCAGAGGGGUUUGACUGAAUUUGGCCAGAGGGACAAAACCAGAAGGAUUUGGCUGAGCUUGAUCAGAGGGAUAAAACCAGAGGGGCCUGACUGAAUUUGGCCAGAGGGACAAAAUGAGAAGGGCUUAAUUGAGCUUGGCCAGAGGGAAAAAACCAGAAGGGCUUGGCUGAAUUUGGCCAGAGGGACAAAACCAGAGGGGUUUGGCUGGAUUUGGCCAGAGGGUCUUGUCUGAAUUUGGUUAGAGGGGUAAAACCAAGAGGGACAAAACCAGAGGGGCCUGACUGAGCUUGGCCAGAGGGAUGCAGCCAGAAGGGCUUGGCUGAAUUUGGCCAGAGGGACAAAAACAAAGGGAUAAAACCAGAAGGGCUUGGCUGAAUUUGGCCAGAGGGGCACAACCAGAGGGGUUUGGCUGAAUUUGGCCAGGGUGGCUCAGCUGCCCCAAGGCCUUGGGGCAGUUUCUCUGUCCCUGGUCCCUUCUGGCCAGGGGGGCACAGCUGGAGCUGAGUGCAGCAGCAGCAGCAGGAGGAGCUCAGGACUCUGCAGAGCCCUGCCCAGGCAGCCCAGGGAGGGAUUUGUGCUGCUGGCACUGGUUGUGGAGGGAGGGAGAGAGGCAGGACUGGCAGGAACCACCCAGAAAGGGAUAAAAAGCACCAGAAGCAAGGUGGAGUUUGAAGGGUGUUGAGGCAAACCUGUGCUUUGAAAGUGUUGGGCAUCCCAAGCUUGGAUUUCUUUCUUUUUCUCCUAUUUUUUCCCCUUUUUGUUUUUGUUUUGUCUCAAACCUGGGGAAAAAAAUAACAAAACCCCAAAUUAACACCAACAUCACAACAAAACCCCAAACCUUAGAACCUGCAGAGCCAGGGCUGGGGGUGGCACUGUCCCCUCCUGGCUGCCACUUUUCCAUGCAGGGACAAACGUGGGCACAGCUGUGCCCCAAAACCUGCCCCAGUUCAGCCCCAGGAACCAAAGGAAGGGAGGCAGGAGUGAGGAUGCCCAGGCUGGCUUUUCCUCCUGUGUGUUCCUGCUCACCUGGGCGUUCCCUGGGAACCUUUGUGUGUCACUUGUGUCACCCGUGUCACUUCCCUGGCUUGCCAGGAGUGUUUACCCAGGGUGUGCUGGAAUGUGUGUCUGCCUUCAGGUGCUUCCUGCAUGAAACAGCCCUGGGCUGCUCCUGGCCACUCUGGGGAGGGGGCAAGGAGUGUGGAGGCUUUGGGAGCUGUCCUUGUCCCCACAGGGUCCUGCUGUGGCCCCCAGCCCCUGUGUGACCUGGGGCAGUGGCUGCACACCCUCCUUGGAUGUCCUGCUGUCUGUCCCAGCCAUCUUGUAAAUAGAUAACAAAUAUAUAUAUAUAAAAUAAAUAUAUAUAUAAUUUUUUUACAUGUUCA